UAAGAGUAUUUUAAUAUGGUGUCUAUUUUCAGGGAUGUCAUUGUCUUUCCGUCUGGGGAAUCCAUACUGAGGCAUAGAAAUGAUAUUAUUGGCAGUGAAGAAAAAGACAAGAAACUCUUGGAAAACCAUGAAGUGGUUUCUAAAGACGGUAUCCCAGAAGAACAUGAUGACACCUCCAAUACUUAUGGUUCUACAUGUAGCUUUUCCGACUCCAGUCAUGACACAGGACUUCAGGGAGUAGAAUUUCAACCCCCAUUUGACAAAAUCAUUGACAUUAUAAGGAAUGGAACACACAGUGAGGAAAGUCAUAAUUUUAAUAGCACUGCUAGUUGGAGUGACUUUGGCAAUGAUCUUCAUUAUUCACCUGAUGAGAACCAAGCCACAAUAGUAGGUGAUAGAGACCAUCCUAACCUGUUAGAUAAUGGUGGUCAUGUUAACCUUAGUGGAAGUGCCAUUCCUAGUGUAAGCCACUUGACCGACCAAGUUGGUGGCAGUGAUAUUGUCAUCAUGCCUUAUUCAACAUAUCUGUAUCCCGAUGAUGAUGAUAAUUUGUUACCAGUUGGAGAUGUUGUUCUUCAAGAAAGCAGCCACACGAAUGUUGCAGGUCUAGAUACUGUCCCUGAAGUCAGCCACAUGAACGUUUCAGGUCCAGAAACUGUUCCUGAAGGCAGCCACACCAACGUCCCAGGUCCAGAUUCUAUCACUGAAGUCAUUUGUGAUUCAUAUUCAGAUGGUACCAUGUCGUCACCUGAAAAUAUACAGAAUCCCAUAGAUGACCUCAUAAACAGUCUACACCAUUCUCUACCACAAAUCACCAACCCUGAGUUAGAAAGCAUAUUUGCAAUGUCCGAUAUAGCAAGUGCACCAUCCAUCCAGCCCAUCCAGCCUUCCCUGGCAGAUGUUGGUGGCCAUGUUAACCUGUCUGACAUUGAUGAGGUUACUGUUCCAAGUGUAAACCACCAAGUUGGUAUCAGUGAUACUCCCAUCAUCUCCUCACCAACAAAUAUGCAUUCCGAAGUCAACAAUGGUGAUCAUUUGAUACCAGAUGGAGAUAAUGUUGACAUGGAAUCAAGGACAUGUACUUCUGGCAAUCAUUGUCGCUCACUUCACGAAAUCAAUUGUGAAUCAAACUCAGUCGGUGACGUGUUGACAACUGGUAGUGGACAGAUUUCAAAUGGUCACCCAUCAGCUAUUGGUGCCCAAGUUAACACCUCUAGUACUAGUGAUGGUGCAGUUCCAACUGUACUUCACCAAGUGACUAGCCAAUUUAGUACGAUACCCGUGAAUGCUGCGGUUGCAUUGGCUAUGGUUCCAGUGGUAUUAAUCCAACCCAAUCUGGAAAAUCCCAACAACUGGAACCCUGUGGUGAUUCAGGCCAUCCAGCCCAUCCAGCCUUCCCUGGCAGAUGUUGGUGGCCAUGUUGACCUGUGUGACAUUGAUCUGGAAAAUUCCAACAACUGGAACCCUGUGGUGAUUCAGGCCAACAAUGGUCAAGUCUUGCAAUCAUCCACUUCGCAAAACUCAGAUGAAAAGGAAAAACGACGCGAACAAAAUAGAGUGAGUUCCAGAAAAUGUAGGAAAAGGAAAAGAGAAUCAGAGGAGAAGUUGUUUGCAGAAGAGGAAAAGUUGUCCAGAGAGAAUGCAAGAUUGAGAGGUGAAGUUGAGAGACUGUCUAAAGAGAUAGAAACUAUCAAAAAGGACUGGUUUCAUCAGUAGGUUGGAUAGAACUGUGAGUUCCAAAAAUAUUCAUUAGAGGUGUGUUGGUUUUCCUUCAUACACAGCUGAAGCAUAUACUACGCUUUGUGUUUAUGUCAUUGAGCAUAUUAUUUUUCGGUGGGUCACACAAUAUUGCACUUUGAAAUUUAUAGUAUUUUUCAMAUGUUACGAGAACCACUGAAUGUUCAACAUUGUAAGAAAUGCUGUGUAUUUGUUUGGAGAAAAUGCUGAAAAAAUCCACAAAAAUCAAUACAUUAUUCUAAAGAA